AUGAGUUUUCGUGUGUUGGAUCUAGUGAAACCCUUUUCACCUUUUCUUCCUGAGGUUAUCGCUCCACAAAGAAAGAUUCCAUUUAACCAAAAGCUAAUGUGGACUGGUGUCACUUUGAUGAUUUUCCUAGUUAUGAGUGAGAUUCCAUUAUAUGGUAUCGUAUCAUCUGAAUCCUCAGAUCCUCUAUUUUGGUUGCGUAUGAUGUUGGCCUCCAAUAGAGGUACUCUUAUGGAAUUGGGUAUAUCUCCAAUUGUUUCGUCUGGAAUGGUCUUCCAAAUGUUGCAAGGUACUCAACUAAUAGAUAUCAACAUGAACGAUAAAAACGAUCGUGAAAAUUUCCAAACUGCUCAAAAAAUCUUCGCUAUCCUAUUGUCCUUCGGUCAAGCUGUAGUCUAUGUCGCAACUGGUAUGUAUGGUCCUCCAUCUGAGUUAGGUCUCGGUGUUUGCUUAUUGUUAGUGUUGCAAUUGGUUUUUGCUGGUAUAAUGAUUAUCCUUCUCGACGAAUUGUUGCAAAAGGGUUACGGUUUAGGUUCAGGUAUCUCUUUAUUCACUGCAACUAAUAUCUCCGAACAAAUCUUCUGGAAGGCAUUUGCUCCAACAACUUUAAAUACUGGUAGAGGUGAAGAGUUCGAGGGUGCAAUUGUCGCAACAAUUCAUCUUCUAACAACUAAAAAGGAUAAAAAAAGAGCUUUAAUUCAAGCCUUUUACAGAAAAAAUUUACCAAACAUGUUCCAACUAUUCUCAACUAUCAUAGUAUUCUUUGUUGUCGUCUUUCUUCAAGGUUUUAGACUAGAAAUCCCUGUCAAAUCAACAAGAACAAGAGGCCCAUAUGGUUUAUAUCCAAUCAAACUAUUCUACACUUCAAACCUACCAAUCAUGUUACAAAGUGCUUUAACUUCAAACGUCUUUAUCCUAUCCCAAAUGCUAUUCCAAAAAUUCCCAAAUAAUUUAUUUGUUAAAAUCUUAGGUACUUGGGAUUCAAGACCUGGCUCAUCUCAAUUAUUCGCUAGCAGUGGCAUCGCUUAUUACAUGCAACCCCCAUUUUCCGUAUCUGAAGCAAUGUUGGAUCCAAUCAAAACUACAAUCUAUGUCAUAUUUGUCCUUUCAACCUGUGCUAUCUUCUCAACAACUUGGAUCGAAAUUUCUGGUAGUUCUCCAAAGGAUGUUGCCAAAAAAUUCAAAGAUCAAGGUUUGGUCAUCGCUGGUGUUAGAGAAACAAGUGUUUAUAAAGAAUUGAAAAAAAUAAUCCCCACUGCUGCAGCUUUUGGUGGUGCAACCAUCGGUGCAUUAUCUGUCAUUUGUGAUUUAUUAGGAACCUUGGGUAGUGGUACCUCAAUGUUACUAGCUGUCACAACUAUAUACGGUUAUUAUGAAUUGGCAAUGAAAGAAGGUGGUUUCGGUAAAAAUAUUCCAACUGGUUUUGGUGAAAUCUAA